AUGUCUACAGUCGCCUCCAUUGACGACCAGCGCCAAUCACCCCCAAAGGACACCACUCCAGACGAAGCUAAACCGACAGGCAAUCCGGAUAUUACAGCAUCUCGAUAUCAACAGGAUAUUGCAAAACGCCGACCGGCCAAUAAGACCGGAGUGAGCGCAUCUCGCGAAAAGCGACCAUACAAGUAUACCGCGUCGAUAUCGACAUGCUGUUAAGGUCUUUGAUGCUGUCCAGUUGUAGCCGCAUCUCUUGACAGUGAGCAGUGCGUGCCCUUGUCUGCGCAAGGAUUGUCUCGAGCCAUUAGUUAGUUACCAUUUACUACUUGUCAAUUCCGCGGUGAACGAUACAGUUUGGGCGAACCUAACACCCCCUGGUCUCAGUCUGGCGGAAUGGAGGAGUAGGCCACUUAACGAACAUAAUAAUUCAGUCGCGAAUGUCUGUGCACUCGCUACUCUGAGGAUUCGGAUUGCGUACCUGGUAGGCAGCUUUGUAGACUGUGACCAUCUAACAGAAAUCAUAAAGUGAUUUGUCUUUCGACGCCCAACAUUCAGGGCUUUGUCCAUUUACCAACACGUCCGAACUCGCGGGACAGUUGCUCCCCGCUUGCGAUCGGAACGUAGAAUCCCGCGAGCCCUAGCAGAGGAGCAUGAUCCGGACCUCGGUCUCGUUUUAUUUGUCGGGUAUGCUUACCACACGAAAAUGGGCCGGUAAGCUUCAUGGCUCCUGUGUUUGAAUGAGUGGCCUAGUGACCCUUCCCACGAAGCAGUCUCCGACUCUACGUUCCCAAACACACAGUCUACUGCUAAACGACGAGCCCUUCCCCGAGGAGGGUACUUGUUGCGAGGCAUAGCGUAUUAGUUUUCUGUCACACUUGUGCUUCGAUCACUUGUUAUGUUACAUUCUUCUAUUCUAUCCUUUGUCAUUCUUACUUUACUCGUCCCUCAACUUGUUAAACACAUCGUUACUAUUGCCACCAUUAUUCUGUCUGACUUAGUAUGUCCGGCGGGAUGGAUUUCCAGCGUUCUUUAGAAGGCUUUGCGGAAGGCAUAAUUGGAUUUUCGGAGGAUUUUAAAGUAACUGAGCGUACCAUACCUCAGAUACGGCUGGGUACUGCAAAGAAGUCGAUCGGCCAAUCACAGCUACAGUUGGCAAAGAUCGAGUCUAAUCCCAUUUACCUGUUCGAAUUGCGAAGGCGGCUGUUUGCUACCCUCACAUGUCCUUGCUUGAGGACACCCUAUUAUUUGGAAUUAUGCGGACUUGGGCUGCUUGGAGAUCCAGAACCCGUUCCCUUGACGAAUCUGAACGACGUAGGCAGUGCGAUACAUUCCUAUGGUGCUCUAUGCGGGAUGAGCCUCAACGCAAGUAAAAGAUAGUGCUCACCCCUUUGCGAUCCAGUAACUAUGGAGGGCUCUUGCCAUAUGGCUGGCUACCAAAUAUCGUCCGAUGCAUCUCAUUGGUAAAGGCACAUGUGCGCAAUAUCCCGUCAUUCCUUCCACUUUUGCCCUAACCAACGUAGUCUCAUAAAACUAGUCGACAUGAUUAUGUUAAGGGCGGUCGUGUCUCGCAAGCUCACUCACUACGGCGGAAAUCCUGUGCAAGAGGCUCGUGUGAAUCCGUUUUUAUAGAUCUCAUCAAGACUUGUAAUGUAGAUAACUGUCCGGUAAUCAUAGAUGCGUUACUUUCAAACACCGGGGUGACAGGAAGAUCGAGAAGUUGGGGUUGUCUGUAGUCUAUCAGCACUCAGAAGCAUUCAGGCUCUGAUGGUGGUCAUGGACCAUUCAGUGACAACGCCUGGCUGGACCUUGGUCAGGUGGGUCUAUCAUGUAUAAAAAAGCCAUGAGCCAUAGGGGCACAACGAGGUGGCGAACGCCACCCUUCUUAACGACAUGAAACCAUACCUCGCUAGGAUGCCCUGCGCAACUGAUUUUCCGAAGACUCAGGGCUCAACGGGGUUUUAAAAUGGUCAGAGUCAUGGACCAUGCUCCAUGACUGGGCCUGCCGUGGGUCAGUGGCCCUAGGAGCAACCCUCGUGUCCAUAAGCAAGAAAAACACUCGCUUAGGCUAAUGCGACGCGCAGAAAUGGUUUCUUCCCAAACCAUAAUUCAGACUGCAUCCCGUUUAUUGGUGGCGUUACAUUCUGAGAAAAACUCGAGACCACAUACUCUGCUAACAUCUGGAUCGAGUGGGCACUUAGACCAACAGAUGAUGUAUCGCAGUGCAGGUAUCGCAAUUUCAUAUCAGUCAGAUAUCAACCCAGAAAUGUCUGUUAUGGCAUCCGACCACUAGAGAGUUCCGCAAACCGUGUCUGCUACUUAAAUUUGAUUAAAUUCCUGUUCGUCUGUAACCGUCAAAACACUAUAGGUUGGCUGCUGCUAAGACACAAGAAACUUGAUUAUUUAUGAACAUUUCAACAGUCUGACCGAACAAGGCUUAGAUUUACCGCGCACAACUUCUUCGGCCGUAAUUCUGAAAUUAUUGUCUGGCGUUGUCAUAGUGUAUGUCCUUCGGUGUCAGCGCCUGAAAAUGGUUUCCGAUCUGUGAAGCAAGGCUAGUUCUCUCGUUGUGAUGCCUGUCCCAGAUAAAGCGCGCCAGAAGUCUUAAGCAUUCAGCCCACAAUGAUAAUGACACAAAGUGAACCUUAUUAAAACGUGUGGAAUAGUCGGAAUGUCGAAUGGCGUACACUGCGAUCUAUUUGUCAACUUAGUCGCAGGCCUGACGCUCAUACCACGUUGGAGAUCGUUAACCUCUUCUGGUCGCUCCAACCCAAAGAUGUCUGGACCACCUUCCUGAUUAUCACGAAGACCGGUGUCCCACCUCAAGCGUAGCUCUCCCAGUCACCUCUCCAUCACAUGAGUCUUUGUACAUGAUUUUUGUCAUAAAGGAUGAUUUACAAGGCCCCUUCGCCGUUUCCCUUUUCCAUGUUUUCUGUGGUCUUUACAUAGGUACUCCAGCAAUGUCUCAGCGUCCUCCAGUGCUCUCUCAAAUGUCUUCAUAUGCGCACCUGUGCGACAGGUACCCGCAACUUGCUGCAGCAGUCGCAGUUUGGUUGGAGAAACCUCACGUCUUGAAUAGAAAACUCUUCGGUGCUCGCCUUUUGAUGUCCUCUGGUGACUUCACCAUCCGUAUUGUCUACCCGAAACUGUUUACUGGAAUUGACGUCUUCACCGAAGAAAUUCGUUUCGGUAAGAUAGUGUUGCCAUUCGAAUUGAUGUUUUCUAGAUAGCCGAGGAUAUCACUUCACCUCAAAGCACGCAUCCUACUCUGUUGUUAUCGGUACACGGUGAUCGUAUUUCUAACAAAUUGUUUUUAGUGGAUGGAUUUCCAAAAGUAACAUGUGUGGACGUAAAGAGUCUGGAGAUUUUUUCACCUCAGUGGUUUCAUGAGUGUCUCCAGGCUAGAUUGUGCCAUUGGGCUAGUUUAUCUCUGGAUCACUCACCCCCGUCACUAAACCUCGUCAACUAUGAGAACUACCAAAAGGUGUACGUAAGAUUAAAGACGUGCUAUUGGGAAGAUUUGAGAGCGGUUAGGCCAUUCAUCACUCUGAGUGUUCUUUUUCUAGUCAUGGUGUGAGAAAACUGAUCCUGAAAAAUUCAUCCAUGAAGAUUUUGGAAUUGCCGCAUACCUUAUAGUACGUUUUGAACCAGAAUUACCAUCUCCUCUUAGUGCAUAUGGAGCAGCUUAAAAAAGGAGGACGUCUACUUUGUUGAUAUUGGCUGCGGUAACGGCCUGUUGGUCUACCUACUGAUAUCAGAGGGCGUAGGAGUCGUCAUUUAUUCUAAAUCAUUUCUAGUUCCAUGGAAUAGGCGUCGAUAUCAAAAGAAGAGGUAUGUGGAGGCAAUAUCCCGCAAAGAUAGCAGCUGCUCUUAGAGUAAGUGACCUAUCGCCAUCCCAUUUUCAAAACCAACUAUGAACCUAGUUGGUUUUUCUAAUCGCACCCUGGCAAACAGAGGUCACAGAAAGAGUCUGCUGUUUUGCAAAACCCCAGCCUUUGUGAAGCUUGUGUUAUGCAAAUUAUUUGAUCUGAAUCACCCAAUGCUACCCAUAUUAUCUUUGGAUGCCCUGACCCGUGGUUGACGCCGGCACAGGAUGAGGAAGGAAGAGUCAGGCCGACCCUGAUGUAGCCUUCCUCACACCGAUCCAAUCUUCACUAUCCUCGCCAAUGUGAGAUCCCAGUCGCCGGCAUCUGGCUCGUGUAGUUUGAAACGCGUAAACGUGGAUUUAGCAAAGGUGGUCACUGGACCCAUUCCCAUCUCCAGUCAGACUGGCAGAGAGUGAGGUAGAUGCGACACAAGUCCUACUCAUCAUAAAUAAUUAAUGGAAGGGAAUGCUUCCCCGAGUACGUAGUCUGGGCGAAUUUUACGUCAGUCGUUUGGGUGCAGCUCCUUUGCAUUAGUAAGCAUUCAGCUUGACUUAUCUCCAGAUAGCGGUUUUGUAUUCCAGCACAUCGUAUGCAUGGCGUUGCCUAGUAUUCUUUCUCAGGAAAGGUGGCAAGUCAGACCGCCCGAAUCCAAGUUGCCGCCACUACUGACGGUGCAUACUAGCAUCUUUCAUAUGCAUUUUGGGUUUAGUGCAACAAUCGCCACUCGGCGUUGCAUGCCUAAAGUAGACCCGAAGUUAAAGUCAUUGGAGUUACCCCGUCCUAAUUUCGAUAGAACAUUAGUCUUCUGGACAAGGGAACGUAGACCUUGCACCGCCCGUUUUCUGACGAGUUGAUAAUAGAGGAAGACUUCACUGUUUUAUUCCGCAAAUAUUGUAUGGGCAUAAUAGUUUCAUCUGCUACGCGUGUAACGCUCCUGAGGAGGGGAGCGGCAGUGCCGCACACACAGGGGCAAACCUUGACCGAAGCCUAACCACAACUCAUGAAAUAAGUUCCAUUGACUACGUUUAGUCGCUCGGUGGUGUUUGCGUAUCUCCUGAGAGUCCGCUAACUUGCAGUUUUUGUUGUCAAUAUUUGCUUCUUUAAGGAGGAGACUUUGGACCCGUCCACCCACCCCGGAUUUCCUCAAGCAACGCUUCUGAUUGGCAAUCACAGUGACGAACUUACUCCGUGGCUUCCGGUUCUGGCUACUAGGUCGAAUUCCCAGUGCCAGGUCUUCACUGUACCUUGCUGCCCAUUCAGUCUAUAUCAGAAAUUCGACGCUGGACAGUACGCCCAACAGCUAAGAGAUAGAGUAUAUCAGCAGCUCACUGACUACCGUCGGCGGAAUUUGCCGACUUUCACUACCGAGUCCACAGAUGAGCCUAAUCUGCUUGCUGAAGGGGGCUUUUGGCGUGGUCGCUACCGACAUUACAUUCACUACCUGGAGGAUGUGUUUCGCAUCUGUGGCUUUGAACCCGAGCUGGAUAUUCUGCGAAUUCCGUCAACAAAGAGGGUAUGAUCUAUUCCGCUUUUUUGCAGCCCAGCCUUGCCUCAGAUCUGCCUCUUAGGCCGUCAGCACAUUCAAUACCUUACAUACUCUCAGCGCCUCGAGGGUGUAAACAAACUCCUCGAACUUGAAUCGCACCCAUGUCGCUCAUGCGGCUAUGAUGACCCGUCUAACACCGCAACUAAGUUUGUACCGCGGUCCAGCGAUGAUGGACGGCAGAUGCCUAACCUAUCUAUAGCUAA